AUGGCCUUGCUGGGUGCUGGCGGCGGUUGCGGAGGCUACGAGGACGAGGGGGACGACAGCGUGUUCGAGGCGGCCGUGGAGGUCUUCGCGAAGCUGAAGGACCUCAGCUGCCCCUUCCUCCAGGGUCUUUAUAUCACAGAACCAAAGACCAUUCAGGAGCUGCUGUGUAGCCCCUCGAAGUACCGCUUGGAAAUCCUGGAGUGGAUGUAUGCACGGGUCUGUCCCUCCUGGCAAGACAGGUUCAGCUCACCUAAGGGGGCCUCAGCCGAGGUGAAGAUCCAAGCAGAGAUGGUGAAACUGGGCCAUGAGCUGAUGUUGUGUGGGCUGGAUGACCACGAGCUCCUGAAGGGCCGGGCCUGUGCCCAGAAGCAGCUGCACUUCAUGGACCAGCUGCUGGACGUGGUCCGGAGCCUGACUGUCGGAGGCUCCAGCUGCCACAGUGUGAAAGAGCACUUCGAGGACACCAGGGAGAAGAAUGAGGCGCUGCUGGGGGAGUUCUUCUUGAGCCCCCACCUGCAGAUGCUCCUGAGCCCCGAGUGUGAUGCGUGGCCCCUGGGCGUGCAGCCACUUCUCGACAAGCAGAGCAAUGCCUGGCAGAGGACCAGCCCCUCCAUCGAGUCAGAGGAGGACAAGGUGGCGGAGCUGGCCCGGCAGCUGCAGGAGAGUGCCUCGAAGCUGCAGUCGCUCAGGGUGGAGUGCUUUGCACAGCACAAGCAAGGAGCCGCUGUGGGUGGGGCCGACGCCAGCACCCUAGACCAGAAGCUGCGCCUGGUCAUCUCUGACUUCCGGCAGCUCAUCGUGGCUUUCCUGCAAGUCUAUGACGAUGAGUUGGGAGACUGCUGCCAGCGCCCAGGCCCCAACCUCCGCCCGUGUGGCCCCAUCAUCCAGGCCGUGUACCAGACUCUGACCUCAUGCAGCCAACUGUUGAAAGCGGUCGUGGAGGCCACUGACACCUCGGUGAAAGCCGUGCAGAUGGUGAAGGAGCAGCAGGGCGAGCAGAUCUGUUGGGGCGGCGACAAUUCUGUGAUGAGUCUAGAGGCCGAGCAGAGGCACCGGCUCAGGGCCUUCUCAGGUCUCUCCUGGGUGCCCGCACAACCCCGGGCGUGCGCGUGGCCUUCUGGAUUCCCAGGACUGUCAGCGCUCUGCAGAGCCCUCGUGGGCAUCUUUCCCAGAAGUGUCUGCUUGCCGUGCAAUCCAGAGUGUCUUGAGUGCAAGCGCUGCACCAAAGUGGGGAGCGCCCUUUCCCGUUCAGCCCUCCAGCCCAGCUGUGCCAUCAGAACGGGAGGGGUAACCUGGAAAUACAAGGUCUUCAACGAUGGCCUGCCCAAUGGCCUGCAGUAG